GCGCUUGUCCCUGUGAAUGAUUUACUUGACGACUGUAGCCCCUAGAGGCUUAGCGUUCAACUAAUAGUUGUGUGGCAAUUUUCACAGAAUACUUCAACUUGGAGCACUCUUUUUUAUUGUACCAAUCACUCCUCCGCUUAAAUUGUCUGGAUAGUGACACACUCGCUUGCAAGUUGAAGGGAGAGCACCGACCGGGGUCAGAUGACCUGAACCAAAGCCAAAUAAAUGGGCUGUCUGUGCUUCGGGACCCCCAACAGUCCACCAGAGACAGCUAGCCAGAACCAGCAGGCGAAGCAGGCGUCGCCUGCACCAGCAGCAGGAGCGGCAGCAGCCCGAGCAGCGCCCUACCAGGUUCCCUCGCCCGCUCCUCCUGCGCCUAAGCCGCAGCCGGAGCAGGUGAAGCAGGAGGUGGUUGCGGCACCUAGCCCGGCGCUGCUCGCGGAGUCUGCGGAGUCCUCGUUUCACGCAGCGGCACUUCCGCCUUGGCAGAAGGACAACAUCAUCAACUCUAGAAGUAGCGGGAUUCCAUCGACAGGAGCACAGGCUGAGAAACUGGAGGGAACGCCCAGCAAGAGCAUGGCGGGGACCAACUUGGCGGAAAUUCUCCGUCUCAACCUCGGCGAGGUUAAGCUGGUGCUUCAGAAGCUUGCAUCACUCAACCCCACUCCCACCAUCGCCCUGAAUGAGGCGUCGGAGCUGCUGCAGAAGCACCUCAGCGUUGGGCUAUGCAGCAUUACCGGCCUCACGGAUCACUGCACGUCGUUCGUGCUGCUGGCUGCCUAUGGCGUUGGCGCGCAUGAGCUCGAACGCACACCGGUAAUGCGCGGCCCGCAGUGGUCGGCCGCGCACCUGCUGCAGCAGCCGGUGUACCUGUACUUAACGGCGAAGAACGAUGCAGAAGCGGCACAGCUGCCGCUGGACUUCCAGGCCCUGUACAAGUACGGGCUGCGGUCGUUCUUGUCCAUCCCCAUCUCGACGGACCACGAGGUGCUGUCGGUACUCACGAUCGCAAAGGAGGAUGCGGACGGCUUCGAGGUCGAGUGGUGGGAGCCGAUGCUGGGCUGCCUGUCCACCGGUCUGCUCUACUACCUGCGCAGCGAGCAGACCCAGAACCUGUGCCAGCUGAUGCGCAACCUGGACUCCUCGCCCGAUUACACCAACGUAAUACACCAGCUGCUGCGCGGCGCGCACAGCCUGCUGCUGCGCGCCACCAACAUCCGCACCGGCUGCCGCCUGGCGCUGCUACCCACGUCGGACAUGUCGCGCGCGCUCAUCUUCGAGCCGGACCGCGCCAUGUCGGCGGCGGAGGGGUACGGCACCGCGGGCAUGCCCAUGGACGCACGUGACUCGGCGCCGCAGAUCCACGUGACUGAGAUCCAGCUGGAGAACACGCUGCUGCUGGACGCGGUGCAGAAGGGCAAGGCGCGGUUCGUGUCGGACUGCGCCUCCUACAUCCAGUCCUGCAUGAAGCCCGCCACCGACAUCUUCAUCAGCGGCCAGGAGAUGGUGGCAUCCAUUGUGGUGCUGCCGCUCAUCUUCGACGGCGUGACGUUCGGCGGAUUCUAUGUGACCCUGGAGAUGACGUCCAACUUCCAGAACAUCAAGGACCUGCUCAUGGGCCUGGUCAACAGCGUGGUGCUGCUGCUGGCCAAGCGCCUGCAGCCUCAGCGCGACCAGAUCUGGGACAGCAUCUUGUCGCGCGGUGGCCCCAGCAACCUGGAGGAGCGCGAGCGCAACGACGCAUUCCCGCCGGGCGCCUCCACAGCGGGCGGACAGGGCGACUCCAUGUACCUGAACUCGGAGGGCAUGGCCAAGCCGGUGGUGGUAAAGCGCAGCUGCACGGAGGCUAUGCUCAAGGUGCUGCAGCACGAGCUGCGCAAGACGCACGCCAAGACGGCGCAGCAGCACGAGUGGAUUGAGGAGCUGACGCUCAGCGAGAUCGUGGGCAAGGGCGGGUUUGGCGUGGUGUACAAGGGCACGUUCAAGGGCUCGGUGGCGGCGGUCAAGGUCAUGUACGCGCGGCAGCACGAGCGGCAGGCCAUGAAGGACGCCCUGGAGAUGGCGGUGCUCACUACGGUGAGCCACCCCCACAUCAUCCAGGUGUUCAACUGCUUCACGGACAUGGUGGAGGACGCCAGUGGCACCAACACGCCCAGCCCAGUGGAGGGACGCAUCAACGUCAGGUUCCGGCGGCUUCAGCCUGAUGAGGACCGCAGCCUGGCCACCUGCAACAUCCUGGUCAUGGAGUACUGCGACAAGGCCUCGCUGCGUCACGCCAUGAAGAAGGGCGUGUUCCACAAGCGGCUGGGCAACACGUCCGUGGCGGUGGACCUGUGCGCCAUCGUGCAGGUGCUGAUUGAGGUGGCGCAGGCCAUCCAGCACCUGCACUCGCUCAAGCUGAUACACUGCGACAUCAAGCCGGAGAACGUGCUGCUCAAGUCGGACGGCUCCAAGCCCAUUGGCUUCGUGACGAAGCUGUCGGACUUUGGGCUGGCCAAGCUGCUGCGCGAGAACUACUACAUCGUGAACCGCUCCGGCUCCGGCACGGUGACACACCUGGCGCCCGAGCUGUUCCAGGUCGGCUCCAAGCUGACGACCAGCGUGGACACGUUCAGCUUCGGCAUCAUGAUGUGGGAGCUAUACACCGGGCAGCGCGCGUACGGCGGCCUGGGCCGAGACGCCAUCAUCGACAGGGUGUACAAGAAGAAGGCCCGGCCCAUCUUCCCGCUCGGCGUGCCGCAGCAGUACGCCUCGUUGGCCAAGGCGUGCUGGGACAACGACCCCGCGUCCCGGCCGCCCUUCACGCAGGUGCUGCUGCGGCUUUCAGAGAUGCUCUCGAGCUUCACAAGCGCCAGCGCGCAAGCACAGCAGGCGCCGGCGGCCGCAGCAGCGGCGGCAGCUGCCGCUGCUGCUGCCAGCAUGCCGCCGCAGAGCCCGCCCGUAGCCGCGCCGCCGGCGUUGGCGGCUCCGCCGCAGGUGCAGACGCCGCCGGCACCGCAGCCGCCGCCACCAGCUUCGCAGGUGGCGUCCCCGGCGGCGGCGACGACGCCGGGUGUGCCCCUUGCUAACACUGCUGGCCGGGUGGCGUAAAUAGACCACGUUUGGUGAAGAGGUUGGGGCCCGCAGCAGAACACCGUCAGCCUGCAUCCACUAGCGGCGCCAACACAUUGAUGUGGCGUCGCGAGGACGGCAUGUGCCGCACAAAGGUGCACAUAUGCAGCACACACGGCGGUCUGUCAGUUAGCCAGUAGCAUGCUGGCGAACACGCUAUGGGGGAGAUUAUUAGGUGGCGCCACGCCGUGGCUAGGUUGCGCGCAUCGGUGGCGCCUGGCAAAUGGCGGCCGGGCGCUGGCAGCAGCGCGGAGGCCCGCCGCCACUAACGGUAACUACAGGCUGUUGAUGUUGAUAUCAACGGCGGGCGACAUGGUACGAGCCUGCUUUCGUUACCGUUGUGCAAGUGCAUCAGAUGCUGGAUUGGGGGCUGUUAAGGGUUCCUGGCGGUUACUGGCGGUUGGUAUGGAACUAGCAAAGGGCCCGCCCGCGCUGCUGCAGGGCGCUGGGUUAAGAAAUGCCGGUAAGAAUGGUGUCGACUGUGAAUCGAACGUAUGCUUUCUUUUGACUGGCCUUAUACUGCCUCUUGGGGCCGGACGGGCAGCUGUAGACUCCAACGUAAGAAAGUUCUACGGAUUGCAAAGCGCAGAAGCAUUUGUUAUGUUGUGGUUCUUUCUUCGGCCUUGCCCGUUAAGCUCGUUUGGUUCGACCCACUCUUCCCGUGCUUGCGGGAACAACCACAUCCAUCGCCUUUUGGUAGAUCAGUACGUGUGGGAUGGGGUUUAGGUGGGCAUAACGGCUUGGGAUGAUUAGGGCGCGCCGCGCGGUAUGGGCUUCAAAUUGAGGAGAAUUUAUGUUAGGGCGCCCGUCCUAGGCACAAGAGGUCAAGGGACAUGCAAAGGAUGUGAUACCGCCAUUUGAUUGGCCCGACACUGCCUUCGUAUCAAAGCGGCCGUGUCGCUCUCGAGUUGCCCUGGUGCCUGUGUUGCGGUGUCGCCGGGCGCUCCCGUGGAACCGUGAUGGGCCGCAAGCCGGUUUGUAGGGCCCGAGGCCGUUAGCUCUGUAACGAAGCGCGCUGACUCGUCGGAGAUCGCUUAGCUUGCUGGUGUGCUUUUCAGGUACCCACAGUCGUGCGCAUGUGCCUUUGAGCAGGGCUGGCAUAUCCGUACCGCCCCUUGCAUGACCAAGCUCUUGAUGGCCUGAGGCACAAACUCGGCAAUUGCAAUACAACAUGCGGGCUGCUGGUCAAUCAGCUGGCUCCGUGGAUGGCUCCAUGUAAUGAAGGGGAUGC